AUGGACCAAGAUAAUAACAUGUUUGUCGAUACAAACACUCAAGAUAAUGACAUUUUCAAUGAGGAAAGAAUAUCUAAAUAUUUAGAAAAUGCCAAGAAAUUUGAUAUUUUUUUCUUAAUUGUAGCAGUUGGUAUCGUUAUAUUUUAUAAGAUGACUCAUAAGUAUAAGACUGAUAUCUCCACUAUUGAAGAUGAAGUCGACGAGAAUGAAAAAGAAUACAAAAAGGCCCUUGUGAAGGGAGAAUUCCAUGAAUAUCCUUUAUUAUCCAAGACAGAAAUCACGAAGGAGACUUCCAUUUAUAGAUUUAGUUUACCUUCUGAUUCUUAUGUCUUGGGAUUACCAAUCGGGCAACACAUUUCAAUUAAAGCCACUAUUAAUGAUAAAAAAUUAUUGAGAUCAUAUACUCCAAUUUCAUUAGAUUAUGAAGCUGUUGGAUAUUUUGACCUUUUAGUGAAGGCUUACCCAACAGGUAAUGUUUCCAAGCUUGUUGGUGAAUUACAAGUCGGUGAUAAGAUUGAAGUAUGUGGACCUGCAGGAGGUUAUGAUUAUACUGCUAAUUGUCGUAAGAAGUUAGGAAUGGUUUGUGGUGGUACGGGUAUUACGCCAAUGUAUCAGAUCAUGAAGGCUAUUGCCGAUGAUCCAAAUGAUACUACACAAGUCUCUUUAAUUUACGGUAAUAGUGCAGAAUCCGAAAUCUUAAUGAAGGAUGAAUUAGAUGAAUUGUGUGAACGUAGACCUAAUCAGAUCAAAGUCUAUUAUUUGAUUGAUAAAUGUGAACGUGAUGAUUGGGAAGGUGGUGUUGGUUAUGUUACACCUGAAUUAUUAAAGGAGAAGAUUGCGUCAUCGGAUGAAGAUGACGUACAAUUAUUGUUGUGUGGUCCACCUAGAAUGGUUUCGUCGGUUAAGAGAAUGGCUGUAGCAAUGGGUUACACCAAGGGUAAGCCAGUCUCCAAGAUGGAAGAUCAAAUAUUUGUCUUUUAG